CGGCCAGCAACUGUUGCGGCUUGCUUGCGCUGGCACCAGGCGUCGCCUCGCUCUCCGACACGACCCUACCAGUUGCUUGGUACUCUCUCUCUCUCUCACCUCGAACCCGUUUGGCCCACUUCCCUCCACCUGGGAGCCGGACGGAUCCUGAACCACGGGCGCCAACUUUGCGCCGCACCGUACGACCGCAACCAGGCAGAAAGCUUGGGGACUCGUCCUCCGCCGCGUCACGUCAGGAUCCGCAAUACAUCUUCUCCGCCUCUAACGCAGGACUGUCCCUCGUGAACGCACCAAGAACUCCGCCUGGAAGCCAUGUUCAGCCGCCGCGGUGGCUAUGGAGGCCGCUCCAAGGCGACGCCAACCACCACCUGCCAGAAGUGCCUGCAAAAAGGCCACUACUCAUACGAAUGCACCGUCUCCGCGCAGGAGCGCCCAUACAAACCACGGCCUUCGCGCACCCAGCAGCUGUUGAAUCCAUCGCUCAAGCCAAAGUUGACCGAGGAGGUUCCUAGCGACUUGCUGCGCAGCAAGAAGGGUCUAGCCGACACGAUACUGGCUGAGAAAGAGGAGCAGCGCCGCAAGACCUCGGGAAGGCGCUCGCGCUCGCGCUCGGCGUCCUCCGUGUCUGACUCCGAUUCCGUCUCUACGAUAUCCACGAACCGCUCGCGCUCGCCGUCGCCGAAGCGCAUCAAGGAUGGGAGUGCAUCGCUGCGUGGUGGGGACACGCUGCGCAAAAGAGGUCGCAGGUCUGUCUCAUCUGGGUCAAACCAUUCGCUGGACAGGACAGAACGCAACACACGGCGGAGGCUGAGCUCUAUGAGUCCGGAACAACGAGGCCGCAGAAGGUCGCGAUCGCGCUCAAGCCCCAUGGACAUCUCGCACGACGAGGGGUUGCGAAGGCAGGCACCACGCACGCACCACUCACCAGGUGGCAGCUAUACCAGGGGAAGAGGAGGCCGUCGAUCUCGUAGCAGGAGCAAAAGGACACCUGUGAAGCCGUCAUCACGUCGGUCACUGUCCAGAUCGCCAUCUCGAAGCCCCAACCGCUUGGAUCGUAUGGACACCUCCGAUGACCGCCCUCACCCUCAGAACGGGCGUUCUCCAAUAGGUCGCCCAGUCCGGAAUUCCCGAUCCAGAUCAAGGUCACCGUACCGUAGACGAAGCCGGAGUCCGUACUCAAAGCGGCCCAUGUCGAGAUCUCCGAGCCCUUACAAGAGCCGUAAUGGUGGUAUGGAUGGCAGGAGCGCUCGUAGUGGACGCCACAGAUUCGACACCGAGGUCCGUCACCCCGAGCCUGUGAGAGCACCACCACCACAGCCGGCUCCGCCGCGGGAGCGUAGCUUGAGUCCCUACAGCAAGCGCGUUGCCCUAACCCAGCAAAUGCAGGGGAGACGCUGAAAGGUCUAGUCACACGCUUGAAGAUAUUUUGUAGCAUAUCAUCUUUCCAUGUCAGGAGGAGCGGCAGGGUUUCGUUGAGAAGCAUAAGGGUAGUGGUGGGAGACGGUAGCAUUAGCACGUUCGGGAACAGGCAUUAUUGGCGCUUCGUGUAGAUUAGCUGGCUCGCAGCCAACAGUUUGUGGAUUUGACUCUCUUGGUCUUCUGUAGUAGCCGCAUACCCUCGAUACUACGAAAUGGUCGGACAUGGCAUUGCGCGUGGUUACUUCCCGCAUCCCCCGGGAGCAGUUUUGUGCGUCA